GGGUAAGCGACGCCCUGGUUGGUUUCAGACUCUCGGACACUCCCCACUGCUGCCAACUCGGUCUCCUUGCGUUUGCGUCGGACGGGGACUUGCAAGUCGACAAAACGUUGUAAUUCUGAAAAUAAUCAAGCACAGCUUUGUAAGCCGUUUCCCCCUCAGACUGUGUUUACGGAGGUGAUGCUGGGGGUAGCUGGGAUGACGGGCAGCUUUGCGAAUGCCCUGGUCAGCGCAGUCUGUGAGCGCUGUAAAAGUGGCUUUGCUCCAACUGAGAAAAUCGUCAACAGUAAUGGAGAGCUUUACCACGAGCAGUGCUUCGUCUGCGCCCAGUGUUUCCAGCAGUUUCCAGAAGGACUCUUCUAUGAGUUUGAAGGCAGGAAAUACUGUGAGCAUGACUUCCAGAUGCUCUUCGCUCCCUGCUGCCACCAGUGUGGAGAGUUCAUCAUCGGUCGUGUCAUUAAGGCCAUGAACAACAGUUGGCACCCUGACUGCUUCUGCUGCGAUAUUUGUCAGGCAGUACUUGCAGAUGUGGGGUUUGUCAAAAAUGCUGGCAGGCACUUGUGUCGUCCAUGCCAUAAUCGGGAGAAGGCUCGGGGCCUAGGCAAGUAUAUCUGCCAGAAGUGCCAUGCUAUUAUUGAAGAGCAGCCGCUGAUCUUUAAGAACGAUCCAUAUCACCCUGACCACUUCAACUGUAACAACUGCGGAAAAGAGUUGACUGCUGAUGCAAGAGAACUGAAAGGGGAGCUCUUCUGUUUGCCCUGCCAUGAUAAGAUGGGUGUGCCAAUCUGUGGCGCCUGCAGGAGGCCCAUUGAGGGACGUGUGGUCAACGCCAUGGGCAAGCAGUGGCAUGUGGAGCACUUUGUUUGUGCCAAAUGUGAGAAACCUUUCCUUGGUCACCGCCAUUAUGAGAGAAAAGGUUUGGCUUACUGUGAGACGCAUUACAAUCAGCUCUUUGGGGACGUGUGUUAUCACUGCAACCGUGUGAUUGAAGGCGAUGUUGUGUCUGCUCUCAACAAAGCCUGGUGUGUCAGUUGUUUCUCCUGCUCCACCUGCAACACCAAGCUCACUCUCAAAGAUAAGUUUGUUGAGAUUGACUUGAAACCAGUGUGUAAGCAUUGCUAUGAGCACUUGCCUGAAGAGCUGAAACGCAGACUUGCUCGGCGUGAACGUGAUGCUAAAGACCGCAGGAAAAAUCCGGCAGUGUGCCUGUAGCUUCACCACUCCAUCCAUGGGUUGGUGCUGUCGCUGCCUUCCUCGUCGCUUCCUGUGGUUGUCCUUGUUAACUUCUUUCGCUCUAUGGCAUGUCAUUAUUUUUUUGUAAUUUACUUUCUAGAGUGAAACCAGUGUAGUUGUUUGUGUUGGUGGCAUGAAUCUAAAACAUGUACAUGCAUGUUAGAUAUAAGCAGAGCUUGAUUGGUUGAUUAAAUUCAGAUGCCUGGUAAUUAAUUUAGUUGGUCAGACAGAAAAAAGCUUGGUGCAAUGUGUUGCAUUCGGAAGUUUUGUAAUCUAAUCAACAACAUAAGACCCAAAAUACUCCAGUGGUUUUAUUCCUGUUUUCCUCUUUGCAGGAACAAGUUUGUAGAGUUUGACAUGAAGCCUGUUUGUAAAAAGUGUUAUGAGAAGUUUCCGCUUGAGCUCAAGAAAAGGCUCAAGAAGCUGG